CUCAUUCCAUUUCUUCUUCUUCUUCUUCAACGAAAUCAACCGGAGAAUCUGACCGGAAACUCAAUUACUUGAUCGGCGAUGUCAUGGCUCAGAUCGGCGGUGAGCAAAGCUGUAGAAGUUGGCGGUGCCGGCAACAGAAAUAUCUCUCGCAACCUCCGUUACUACGCCGAUUCCGUCGUUCAACAAGCUAGUAAUGCUGUUUCCGGCGGUGCCAAGUUAUUCCUUGAUCGUUCUGGGUCUCGGAGUUUUCAGAAUUUUAAGCAAGCGGUGAAAACAUUAGAAGAACUUUCUGUAUCAUGUAGAGGUGUAGAGAGAGUUCAGCUACUACGAAGAUGGUUAGUUGCUUUGAAAGAGAUUGAGAGACUAUCACUGCCUCUGCCUGUUAGUGAACAUGUCUCUUCCCCAAAGAGCAUUGAUUCUAUUUAUACCACCGAUGAUGACAGGAGUUCUCCUCGUGAGCCAAUUUUGGUUUUAUAUUAUGAUCCUGAUCUUGGCGGAGAACCAUUGAAUUUCAGAGAUGUGUUCCUUAGCAGUCAAGCUCUUGAAGGCAUGAUACUUUCAAUGAUUCUUGAAGCACCUGAUACAGAAGAAGUUUCUUUACUUAUGGAGAUAUUUGGGCUAUGUCUUACGGGCGGGAAAGAAGUUCGUGAGGCAACCAUGAGCAGCAUAAAAGUUUUGGCAAAAGCUUUCUCAAGCUAUAAAGAAGAAGUGCUGGCGAAUAAGGAAGAACUGCUUCUCCAUGCACAAGGUGCAAUUGCUGGAUUGAAAAUAAAUGCAGAUAUAAUGAGAAUAGAUUCUGAAGUCUCAAACAUACAUCAAAAACUAGACAAGGUGAUUUUACAACUGCCUUCAAGCAAACAUGAAAAGGACUCGUCUAGUGUUGCAACAAAUGCAACAUCAGAGGCAUUGAAAGAAGCACUCUCCCAGCUUCAAUUCUUAUCCAAGAUGGAAGCACUUUUAUUACAGAAAAAGGCUUUGCUCGGCAGGGAUGUUCCUGAAAGUCAGUCCAAAAGGGUUUUUAAGCUGAAGGUUUUAUCAGAGUCUCUUUCAAGCUCUACUUCAAAAACUGAAGACCGCAUUUCAGAGAACAGAAUCCAAAAGGAAGGAGCCCUUAAGUUCCGUAUAACAAAAACUAGCGAGAUCUCCCAGCUUGAGAAGGAACUUGAGGAUGAAAUUAAUGCGCUUGAAAAUCAGAGAGAUGAACUUGAAGCAGCUCUGAAAAAGGUCAAAGUUGCAUUGGUUUCUGCAAAUGCCCGUCUUUACAAUGCUAGGGAAGAAAGAGAUCAGUUUGAUGAAGCUAAUAAUCAAAUUCUUCAACACUUCAAGGUGAAGGAAGAUGAGCUGUCUAAAUCGAUGACCUUAUAUAAGGCAGAAGCAGAUGUUUGUGAUGCAUUUAUUAGUUUUUUAGAAGACUCCUGGACUUUUGAGUCCUCUCACAUCAGACAAAAGCAGAAGCAGGUCAAUGAUGAAUUGGACAAAUGUGAAGAUUAUUUGGUGAACUUGGCAAUCCAUGUCUUAUCAAUGUACAAGGAUGAGCUGGGGCCUUCUAUUGCAAACCUUAGGGAACUCGGAGAGAACUUGAAACGGCCAGAAAUUAUCAACAAUGAGAAGAUGGAAACAGUUGAAGUGAAGAGAAGGUUGGAAGAAGAAUACAUGGAUGCAGAGGCCAAGUUAGUUACAGUGUUCAGUGUAGUGGACGGCAUAAAAAGACAAUUUUAUGGGCAAGACGGCACGAUCUCUAGGAAAGGUGAUGAGAAACUGAAAGAGUUACUUGAUACUCUUCAAAAGCUAGAAGACGAUUUUGAAUCCAUUAAUAGACCAACACUGGAACUUGAGACCCUGGGGAAGACUGAGGCAAAAUCCAAAGAGACACUUGAAAGCUCCCCUUCGUCAUCUCCUACGCAGCCAACAAACGAUGACUCUGCAUCGUUUGUGGAUGCUCUUCCACGAAUCCAGACGCCAAGGCCUGACCAUACAUCCAAUGCAGAAACAUUGGUACUAACACCAAGACGAUGGAUGAGAGAGAAUGUCAGAAGAAGUCUUUCAUUAGCUAUUAAUCAAACAACAGGGUCGCUGGAGUCCAGUUUCAAGUCACCAAAACAUCGGAAAGGGAAGUCCAUGGAUCCAGCUGCUGAAUUGUCUAGGUUGAAGCUCGAGCUGGAACUCGAGAAUGAUAGUAGAAUACACCCUUCUGAGGAGAUCAAUGACUGGGAAUCUGAUGUGAUUGAUAAAGAAAGAUUACAUUUUAAAUGAACUUCCCAACCACAAUACACAGGUUCCAAUAUGUAUGUACCCUUUGGAU